AUGUCAUACAAUGGUUCGGCCGUGGUAGCCAUGGUCGGAAAGAAUUGCGUGGCCAUUGCAGCUGACAGACGUCUUGGUGCCCAAUUGAUGACAGUAUCUACUGAUUUCCAAAAGAUAUUUCCAGCAACAGGAAAAUGUUAUAUUGGACUUGCUGGACUGGCUACUGACGUCCAAACUUUCCUUCCAAAUGAUAAAGUUUCAAAUCAAUUUUAUAGAUCCGAAAAGUUUCGUUUCAAAAUUAACAUGUAUAAGCUACGUGAAGAGCGUGAAAUCGAACCGAGUACUUUGUCAAAUAUGGUAGCUUCAACAUUGUAUGAAAGAAGGUUUUCUCCUUUUUUUGUUGAGCCGGUGGUUGCUGGUCUUGACAAGAAUAAUCAACCAUUUAUCUGUACGAUGGAUUUGAUAGGUUGUAAUGAUAUAUCGAAAGACUUCGUGGUGGCUGGAACAGCUUCUGACAGCUUGUUUGGAAUGUGCGAAUCUUUAUGGGAACCUGAUUUGGAGCCAGAAGAUUUAUUUGAAACAAUCUCGCAAGCGUUAUUGAAUGCCGUUGAUAGAGAUUGUUUAAGUGGUUGGGGCGCUGUUGUUCAUGUCAUAACUCCUGAGAGAGUGAUUACUCGUAAUCUUAAAGCUCUCAGUGAAAAUUGUGAAGAAACUACAGUUGAUCAAGAGGGAGAUUUUGAUAUCUUAACUUUUGCUACCAAAGAAAAAAAAAGUGGUGGUGGUGGAAUUUUGAAGCGUGGAAUAAAAGAUUCCGAGCCGGACGGGUCGAUUCGACAAAAUGAAUUAUUAACUGAAUCACUUAACACCUUGCAAAAUUUUUUACAAGAGGAAAGAAGUGGGUCAAGUCGUCAAAUUUGCAAAGCGACAUGGCAUCCAGCUCCGAUUAAUAAAGCUCAUGUUACCACAAUACGUGGAAACCAUUUCCAUAAUAUGGGUCACUCAAUAAAAGGUGAAAUGUGGUUAUAUCCUGAAGAAGCAUUGCUCUUGAUGGAACGUGGUGCUCUGGUCAUUGAUUGUGAUGACGUGCCAAUGUCAAUACAACAUGCAUACACCAUGCUAAUUCGAGAAUGGUUGACCCUUGAGAAAUAUCAGGUAUAUACUUAUCUAAAAAGAAUAGGAUACACGGUUAUAAGACCUAUACCACAAGAUUCGCUACAAACUUCUACAUCAUCACAAGAAAUAUUGCAAGGAACUAUUAUAAAACCUCCAUCUUCAUAUACUGCGCUAUCUUUAUCACAUUUACAUGAGGAAGAAAUUAACUCGAUAGUAACAUCCGAAUCAUGUGAUACUUAUGAGCAAGUUUUUAAUAAAUUACAAAUAAUACAGAGAUAUGACGUUGACCUACCAACAGAUAAUGAUCAGGAAUCUUAUAAUAUAGAUUUUCACGUUUACAAAUCAUCAGAUAGUAGUAAAUACAAAAAGAAGAAUCCUGGCGUACCAUCUUUUCGCGUAGUUGUCGCUUGUGCCGAAUCAAAUCAACCACCAGUUCUUUCAACACUUGGAAGUUUAUUCAAAGAUGGAAAUUCUAGCGUGUUAUUUGCGGUGGUUGACGGUGCUAAUAUAUCAUUUUUAGAAUUUAAGGAUAUGAACUUUAAAAACGUUAAUGUUAAGAUGUUUUAA